AUGGUUCUUCAGCGUUUAAGAGAACAAAAACUUUAUGCCAAAUUCUUCAAGUGUGAAUUUUGGCUGGAAAAGGUGAGUUUCUUGGGCCAUGUGAUAUCAAGAGAAGGGAUAUUCGUGGAUCCUACCAAGAUAGAGGCAGUAAGUCACUGGAAACCUUUGAAAAAUGCUCAAGAAGUGAGAAGUUUUCUUAUAUUAGCAGGGUAUUAUAGGAUUUUCAUAGAAGGGUUCUCGAAAAUAGCAACUCCAAUGAUCGCUCUUACUAGUAAAAAUACUAAGUUUUUAUGGAUCGAACAGUGUGAAAGGAGUUUCCAAGAACUAAAGAUGAGGUUGACCACUGCCUUAGUGCUGACUAUCCCAUUGGGGCAGAGGGAUAUGCGAUCCACAGCGAUGCCUCAAGAUAAGUACUGGGAUGGUACUGGUGCAACAUGGCAAGGUGAAAGCUUAUGCGUCCCAACAGCUAAAGAAUUACAAAAAGAACUACUCGACGCAUGA